AUGAGGAUCGGAAGGGGAUGUGAGCGCUGUCGCCUUCGUCACAUUCGGUGUACUACUCGCGCGGGAGCGUCGUCAUGUAAUGCAUGCGCCCGCUUAGGACGGACCUGUCGUCUCGAUCCUCCGUUCCGUUUCAAGACCGUUCGCCAUGUCUAUCAGAAGAGCCAAGGGACUGCCUCGAAGUUUGAGUUGGAGUGGGACUCUGCACAGACAUGGGUGAACGUUCCUCGGUCUUUGACCUUUGUUCAAGAGUCAGCCGAAGAGUCAGCCGAUGGAAACAUCAGUGAUGCCCCCCCUGAGCCUCAGGCUGAUACCCAGCUCCCCGGCGGCUCCCAUACAUACAUCCCCGAUCCCUUCGUCGCUCACCUGCCGAUCUCUGGAUCUCUGAAUCCACACGAUGAGGCCAUUGGCAUCCCACAUGUGGAGCCGGCGAUAUCGACUCCCUCUAUACACGAUGAACAACAUUCUACCAAAGCCACGGCGAUCUCGCCGGGGGCUAUCAACAACGACAUGGUCUCUCCUUUGGCAUCCAAUAGCACAUGGUCGCCAAUGACUCCAUCCACCCCGCGCUCGACCUCCUCAUCGACGAUGACAUCGCGGGAGGCGUUCCUCUUGCGCUCAUACAUUAACAAAAUAUCGCACUGGUUAGAUAUCUGUGACUCGGGAUCGACUUUCAACACCGAGGUGCCUCGCAGAGCGCUACAUGUACCGAUGGUUCUGAAAGCAGUGUUGGCACUCUCUGCACGACAUGAUGCGAUCAUGUCCGGAGCUAGUGAUUGGGAGGCCUCCGAAUACCACAGCCAAUGUGUAGAGCUACUGCUCGCCGCCCUUGCGCGGCCGGAGGAAAGCUACGACGACAACAUGCUGAUUUCGGUCGUGAUCUUGCGAAUCUACGAGGAACUCGAAAGCACGACCGACGAAAAGUGCCAUUGGCUUGGCUCCAAUCGAUUACUCAAUACCAUGUCUCGCGCCGCAUCCUCUGGCGGGUUGACGGAGGCUGCUAGCUGGCAGUUUCUACGACAGGCCAUCUACGCAUCUAUUGUCCAAAACCAACCUAUGCAGCUGGACCUUCGGAACUACGAACGAUCAUCCGUUUUCAAGCGGGGCGACGACGCCGCCUAUGCCAACACGAUCAUCUUCUACUGUGCCCGGAUUAUUCAACUCUGCUCGGAAGGCCAUGUUGCCGCUGUAGAUGAGGAGGACUGGCACGAUUUGUCCAGCAGCGUGGAACAGUGGUACCGCGACCGGCCUGUCAGUUGGCAGCCACUGCAAUACAAAGACGCCGACCCAGCAGAGAAUCGACCGUUUCCCGAGCUAUGGGUUAUGUCACCCCCAGCCGUGGUCGGACUUCAAUAUUAUCACACUUGUCAAAUUCUCCUCACGUCGUCCGACCGCCAUUGGGGCGUUGUCAGCAACUAUGAGCGUGCACGACUCAGACGUAUAGAAGAGAAAGUGAUUGCAUCACACGUGGUGCAAGUCAUCGGGCUAUCUUCGUCGAAUGAAACCGUCGAAAACGCCUAUUUCAUGGCCUGCCACCUACUCUAUCGAUAUGGACACUGCCUGCGCCACCCCGUCGAGAAGCGGGGAUCUCUCAAAUUCCUGACUCAGGUGGAAGGCUCCGUGGGCUGGCGCACGGGAUGGAUUAUUCGCGAACUCGAAGAUCAAUGGAACGAGUUGCAGGGAUUGGAUUCGUGGGAACUGUAG